AUGAGCAGCGAUAAUUGUGGUCGGAUCCGGUGGGUGCUUGGUCUGGGAUACUUGGUACAAGGAUUUAGGGGUUUCCCUUGGCUUGGAGCGAAUUUCUUCCUGACAGAUGAGCUCCGUGUGAAUCCUUGUGUGUUGCAGCUUCUCCAGAAUUCGGCCAAUCUCCCUAUGGUCGCUAAGCCCAUCUACGGUAUCCUCUCCGACGCUGUCUUCUUCUUCGGCCAGCACCGUAUCCCUUACAUCGCUUUUGGAGCCUUGCUUCAGUCAUCCUCAUGGCUUGCCAUUGCUUUCCUCUCCAGAUCCAAUGUCUCGAUCUUAGCUCUGUCCCUCUAUCUUCUCCUUAGCAAUCUCGGUGCUUCGUUAGCAGAAGUAGCGAAUGACGCCAUUGUUGCUGAGGCCGGAAAGCAAAACGGUAAUGAGUCAUUACCUUCCUUUGUUUGGAUGGCUUCUUCUCUCGGUGGAAUCCUGGGAAACCUUUUAGGUGGUAUUGCCAUCAAAACCUUUUCCUCUCAGUCCACAUUCUUCUUGUUUGGCAUUCUGGCUCUUGUUCAGUUCCUUGUCACCAUAAGCAUCCCAGAAAGCUCUCUCAAUCUUCCCAAAAACCCAUCACCUGCUGGUAUCGGAAAACAUAUCUCCGACCUCUCCCUCGUGCUCAGGAAGCCGGAGAUUUCUUACUCCAUUGCCUGGAUUGCGUUAUCAACCGCUCUUGUUCCUGUUCUGAAUGGGACAAUGUUCUUUUACCAAACUAAGUUUCUGAAAACCGACGCAUCGCUUGUAGGGAUCUCCAAGGUCUUUGGCCAAAUUGCAAUGCUCUUUUGGGGUCUUGCAUACAAUCGCUGGCUGAAAUCUAUCCGCCCCAGGAAACUCAUCGCAGCCAUUCAGGGAACAAUAGCUGUCUUUGUCAUAUCCGAUCUCUUGUUCGUCAAAGGCGUUUACCGCGAAUUGGGAGUGCCUGACUCUGUAUAUGUACUCUUCUUUUCUGGAAUCUUGGAAGCUCUCUUUUAUUUCAAGACUCUGCCUUUCACCGUCUUGAUGGCCCGCCUCUGUCCUCCUGGAUGCGAAGGCUCUCUCAUGGCAUUUGUCAUGUCAGCCAUUGCACUCGCCUUCAUAGUUAGCGGAUAUCUUGGAAUAGUUCUCGCAUCAUUUGUCGGGGUGACGGAGGAUGAUUUCUCCGGGUUUACUCGUGGACUCGCUAUAGAAGCCAUCUGCGUUGGGAUUCCGCUCAUCUUAACUUCCUGGAUAUAUGAUGAAACGGAAAUAAAGGAGCAAAGUAAAAAGAAGGAAUGA